UAGCCAGGAAGUUUGGUUCAAUAUUUAAAAACAAAUUUAUAUUGAAAAAUUUAUUUUAUGAAAUUAUUUUCAAAUAUUCAACAACAGAAAACUCGAAAAAUAUAUUCUUUAUAAGUAUAAUAAAACGUUAUUUACGAAAUAACUUUAAGAAAUGAACACCAACGAUCAAAAUCAAUAUGGAUCAUCAUCCGCUGAAAGCUAUGCACCCUUUAUACCUAUGACACCCAAAUCAUCUGAUGCUGCUUCCUUUAGAGAGCCGCACCCAACAACUAAAACCAUCUCAACGAAAAACAUGAUGAAACAAGCCAUAAAAGCUCUUGCCCAGAAUUCUCGCAAAGGUUUCUCACUGGCGAGUAUACGUAAAUAUAUUUUGGAUAAUUUUCUUCAUACUGCAAGCGAUUUAAAACAUCGCAUGCCUUUUAUGAAAAAGAUCUUUAAGACUGCUCUCGAAACCGGUGAAGUAGUUAGUGUUAAGGGUGUUGGUUUAAAUGGAUCAUUUAGAGUACCCGCUACAAGUUCUUUACAUAAGAAUGCUAAGAAAAGCAAGAGGAAUAAGGAAAAACAGAAGAGGAAGGCGACCAAGAAAGUUGGAAAGAGGCUUAAAGUCAAACGAAGACCAGCUCUUAAGCCUAAGACAGUAAAAAAGGCCAAACGAACAUUUUCAGCGAAAAUUUAGUUUAUGUUGAAGUUAUUUUUUGUUCAAUUAUAUUUUAUAAUAAAAUUUAAAUACGUUUUUAUAUUCUUAAUUAACAAGUAAAA